UCUGAUUUGAACGAUGUACACGAUCACUAUACUAGUCUCUCUUGUCUCGCUUCAGUGACUUUAUCAAAUAUGUCCGCCAUUGUGCCAAACGAUGGUCAAUUCUUGAUAAAAGACAUAAAGUCAGGGUUGAAAAAUGUAAAUGUAAUCUUUAUCGUGUUGGAAAUGGGAAGGGUGACUAAAACAAAGGAUGGGCAUGAGGUUCGCUCCUGCAAGGUGGCUGAUAAGAGUGGGUGCAUCACCCUGUCUGUAUGGGACGAGGUGGGUGGACUCAUCCAGCCAGGAGACAUCCUCCGCCUCACACGAGGCUAUGCGUCCCUGUGGAAGGGCUGUCUGACUCUCUACACAGGCAGAGGAGGAGACCUGCAGAAGAUAGGAGAGUUUUGCAUGGUCUUCUCUGAGGUCCCAAACUUUAGUGAACCAAACCCAGAGGUACUGGCCCAGACCAACAGGCCGUCUAAAGUUGAGUCCCAGAACAGUUCUUCUGUCAGUCAAAGCUCCACCCCCUCAGUCCCCACCCUCACAUACUCUUCCUAUGGAUGCUCUCCGCUCUCCCGAAUCCAACCUAGGGAGGGGACGGCAGACUGGCGUGGGCACCGAGUCCUGGCAUCGCCCAAGCCCACAACCAUCCAUGCUGACGAGGGUGUACGCUAUGAGGCCCUAUCAGUGGCCAUGGGAGCCACGGUGAGGCCCUUGUCCGACUUCCAGAGGAACAACCCUGGCAAGACGCCUGAUAACCUUUUGACUGUGGAGGGCUUUCUCAGUCGGUUCUGUCUCUGGCCUCACCUCUCUCCUGCAGUGGCUCAACCCUGUGUCAUGGUUGGCAUGGGGGUGUCAAAGCUUUUCUUCAGUGAGGACAAAAGCAAGGCAACUGACACCAAACUCUACGUGGACGGGGCAGAAUUCUUUGAUAGGGGUUUGAUUAUGACUUCGACCAAUGUUUCCGACUCCGAGUGUUUUGAGAGGCGGUGA